AUACUGUUAGUGUUAGUUGUUUUUUAACCAGUAACUAACGAACUAACUCGCUGAAUAACUAACUAACUAACUCACCAACUAAGUGGCUAACUAACUAACUAACUAAAACGAACUAGGCUGUGAGAGAUCCCUUGGAAUGAUCGCGAGGAGGAGUCCUGUGGCAUUACCAACUAAGUAGCUAGCUAGCUCCCUAGAAGAUAGCUCCUAUUACAUUCAGUGUCAAACUCUAGAAAAAAUUGUAAUGGUUUAAUAGGAAAACGCACUUUAUGCUCGCUGGGUUGGUGCUUACUCCGUACUCUCGUAAGAAAAUUGGCGACCUUGAAGACUGAGGCAAUCUUGAGUUUCAGCAUCUUGCUCAAACUUUCUUCCAAGACGUCGAGCCGGCUUUGAUCAACCUGCCAUUGUCUUCCAAGACGAGCCGCCUUCGAAGAACUUGACACAUAUAGGAGCUUCCUUUGGAGAACUACUUGACAUUUUUUUCGAGUCACAGAACACCACACAAGUGAGAAGGAUGGCAGACCAAAAGCAGAACUUUGCGCUGACGAACAAGGACGUGCCUGACGAAGAAGGGCGGCUGAUAACACCUGGCUCUUUAGAUUAUGGAAGGAGGCCUGAUCACGUGGAUUCCUCCUUAAGCUCUUUUGAUAGGUGUGCAUCUACGUCAUGUUCAAGCGCUGAGUUCUCUGCUUCGAAGCUUAUUGAUAUUUUCCCCUCAAAUUAUUUAUUAGAUUGUUUGCUUAUUGUAACAAAUUAUGGCGGGGCUCCUGUGGAUGCCGCUAGUAUCUUACCUAUAUUCCGAUUUGUAAGCUGUUCUUGUCUUUCAUGUUGUCUACCUCCGACUUUGUUGCCCUAGACUUCUCCUCUUUCAUGUUCAGCGCGGACAGCAGGGAUCAUCGCCGAGCGACGAUAUUAUGACUUCCUUACUACAAUAGAUUAUCUAAGAUGUUUGCCCCCUGAUGAAGAAAAAAGACUAAAAGUCAAUCCCAAGAUGAAAGAAGGCGACGCCAAUGCCUUGACCCCCCUAAGUGUAAACGUAAAUGAUCAAACCCAAGAAAGAUGACAUUUCAGACUUAUUGAAAAUCUGGGGUGGUAUCUUCAUCUUGACUAGUAUCUAAGGUCGUGGACAAGAUUACCUUCAGAUCCCGCACGACGUCACUUCUAUAUCUAUACUUUUUAGCAAUCUCGAUACCAACGAAAUCAUACCAUUAGGCUAGUAAAACAGGUAAAUGGGACACCAUGACCAGGAUGAUGAACAUCUAUACCAAGAUAUAUGUCAUGCAUAAGGAUGCGGGACACAAUGAUGAUCACCAAGAUCACAAGUACUUAUGCAGAUUACGGCUUUAAGAAGGGAGAUGACGACAGGCAAACCUUGCUCAAACGCGCAGCAGAACGGAUUGGGAUUGGGCAAGGCAUGGGGAUCGGUCAAGAUGGAGCAGGGAACGGCAUCUGGGGCUUCGCUUAUGAAUACUUGCACAAGUUUACUUGAUGCUUAUAUGUCAUGUUUAUCAUAACACGCUUCAGUAUUUUUGUUUAUAUUAAUUUUUUUCCCCUGGUUUCCAUUCUUCCUAGGAGGUAGAUGCUCCUCUUGAAGUCUUUCUAGAUGCACCAUAGUCGUCAUUCAGAUCAAUUUUACCUGAGAAGACACCUAGUGGUAGUGUGAUAGGUAAGAAAUAAUAGACGCUAUCAAUGAUCUAGUAAAGAUAUGAUGAAGAACUUCAUGCUAGCAGAUGAAGACGCAGCCUGGUUCUAAAAGCUUGAAGCUGUGCAAUACUUAUAGUGUCUUGGCAGUCUACUUCUACUGUGUAUUUUUUUUAUAUUUAACUGGAACCGGUGCCAGUUGGUUGUUACUUUCAAAGAUGUCUUGGUGUCUUGUAGAGUGAGCACGGGGCUCGUCUACUAAUCUAAGUUUUUUUUUCUAUCCCGCCGUCGCUUACAAGAACUGAGUAAGUAGUACUCCAGAAGAAGAAGCACUUCAUACAUCGUAUCUACUUUAUUAUGAAUCCAGUUCGUCGAUUGGUAUUCUUUCAUGCUCGCCGACUGAAGGAAAAGAUGCGUGGCGCAUUCGCUCGCACAAAGAAGCUCAAAGUCGUUGGAUUUUCCUUCGUCAUCAUCCUCGCCUUGUUUUAAGAGUUGGAAAUUGGAAAAUUGAAUGAGUGAAUGAAUCAGGCUUCUCGCAAGGGCACGGUAGGCGGGAAUUGUUGACCCAGGUAACGAAAAAAAAGGCAUCCACUUCUCUAUCAUGAGGAGCAUAGCUACUGCUCUGGCUUAAGGCUUCUUCAAGUAGGAAAGUCUGCGUAGAUAUGCGAGAUAGAUGGGUCAAGGCCAACUCCCAACUUCUAACUCAUCGUGGGUCGCCAGUGCUGGUUUUCACCGGACCCGUUUAACCCGACACCGCUGCCGUCUUUAUGGCUCCACGUAUAAUCGUCGAUAGAUAUAAUUCAUUUCCUUCGCGGUUCGCGGUGACUCCGUAACUUGUGAACCCUUACAAAUAUGGAUACUCUCCCUUGUUUACCUUCUUGUUUGCCUUCAAUCAUAGACUCCUACUUUUUAUGUCCAUCAUGGAGAGUAUGACUUUCAUCGUAGGUAGGAAAUGAAUCGCUGAAAACUCUAACUCUUGCACUUGGAGGUACUAGUACUAGUAGCUUACGCUUAGACUUCAAUACUCACAUUGAUAAAUAGGGCUAGGACACGAGGACUCCGUCAGUCAUGAUCUCACGUCGUGGACUAUGCUGAUAGGAUUCCACGUAAGUAAUGUCGCGGGAACUUUAAAGGGGAGAAAGGGAAUCCAAUCAGCCACGGCUAAUGGUUGUCACUGUAAUUGACUACCUGUGCCUUUCAAUACAAGUCACUCUCUUAUCUUUUGAACCCACUCGGCGCUUAUUUCAGAUGCUUGAGCUGUAUCUUGCUUCGUGUCUCACCAAAGGGUGUAGUAGAAGUGCUUGAGCUGUAUCUUGCUUCUUUAUCGCCAAAGGGUGUAGUGGAAGUAGUAAGUAAGUAGGUACUAGGAGAAGUACGUACUAGUAAGUAGUUCUACUCGCUUUACCUAGAUUCUCUUGGCUUCUGUAAGUGUUGAAGUAGACUACGAACGCUCGCCGGCCACUGAUCACGAUCGUCCUCUUGAGACAAGGUAGAUCCACCCUAACAGUCUCGUUAUGUUAAUCACCUCCCAGUACACCCCCACUCCACAUCCCCAUCUUUCGUCUGGCAAAAACGCUCAUCUGAUCAUCAGAAACUGUGGAAAGCGCGCAGACGGUUGCGAGCAGCUUCGUGGAGGCAGCUCUUCCGAUAGCUAAGGAUCAAGAAGCGGAUGCAGCUCCUACUUCGAAAUUUAAGGAUCAAGAAAAUAAUGGACGUUUUAUGAACCAUAAAACGUCGUUUAUUUCUGGCAGAAACAAGCGACGAAGAGGAAUUUCAUCCUUAUUCCUUCGCUAUUUUGUCAGUUUAUCAAUGGGCCAUGGAGUGAAAAGACCCAAUACAAAGCUCCUUUUAUUUGUUAAGCCCUCACUUGUGUGUUGGCUAUUCUUCUUGAUGAUUGUGACUUUUUCUUUCUGGUCCUUUCUUUUUGUUUGUGAGUGAACGUUGUUCACCUUCGCCCCUGCGGGGUUCUGUUUUGUUUUUGUGCUUUCGCACUUCGCUCUAGCCAGCGGCCUCUGCGCUUCCAGAGACUCGCUUGACCUUGUGUUUGUCUCAGUCAUGCUCGAUAGCGUUGCGAUCUUGCGUGCCUGAAGGUGCUUGUGCUCUGCACCCUUUCUGACAAGCGUACUCUGCGCUUCCAGAGGUCCGCAUGUCUGGUGGUUCGUCUCAGUCACGUUUGAGUCGCCUUGCGAUUUUGCGUGGCUAAGGACAUUUGUGCUUUGCAUUUUGUCCCGACCAACGAACUCUGCGCUUCCAUAGGUCCGCCUGUCGAGUUCCUUGUCUUAGUUGCGCUUAGAUCGCCCUGCGACCCCGCGUGACUGAAGACACUUGUGUUUUGCGCUUUGCGUCGACUAGCGUACUCUGCGCUUCCAGAGGUCCGCUAGUUUGUUUGUCAAGUCUUAGUCACGUCCGAGUCGCCUUGCGAUUCUGCGUGGCUGAAGACGUUUGCGUUUUACACUUUGUUACGGCCAGCGUACUCUGCGCUUCCAGAGCUCCGCUUGCCAAAAUUGCUUUUUUCUGAUUGUCUUAGUCAGGCUUCAUUCGUCUUGCGACCUUGCGUGACUGAGGACAUUGGUGCUUCGCUCCUUCAUCCCGACCAGCGUCUCCUGCGCUUCCAGAGAUCCGAGUCAGUGUCUGGCUGGAGUCUCAGCCACGCCCGCGUGGACGAAGACGUUCCCGCUUUGUGCCUUGUUUCGCACAACGCCCUCUGCGCUUCCAGAGGGUCGUCUCUCCGUCUUCUUUUGCUUGUCUUCAGUCACGCACGAGGCUGCUUUGCAAACCGGCGUGGCUGAAGACAGUGGUGCUUUGCACCUUGUUUAACCCAAUGCCCUCUGCGCUUCCAGAGGUCUUUGAGUAGUUUUGCGCCGCGCUUGGCGUGUGAUUCCUGCCUUACCGGUGGGUCACCGUCGCGUUGGGCUUGCGCUUGCCGUUGUGUCACACACGAGACGCGGCCUCCCUGGUGUUCAGUUUAUCAAUUCAUACAGUCAUAUUCCCAGGAGCUGUGUUUCAAAUGGCACGUCGCGCAGAGCGCGCAACAGUCCCGUUGGUCGUAACUUGGUCUUUCGUCCACCGCUUUGCUUUUUCUAAAGAAAUAGACGGGAACGCGAAGAGCAUAAGGAACAUGUUUAGCCCUAGGGAUUAUGGCGUGAAGGUUCAGGUGGAGACGCUCGGUACCAGGCUGGACGCCCUCGAAGGCAGGCUGGAGAAAAUGUUCAUGACUAAAGAAGAUGCUGAAUUCAAGAUGGAAGAAGUGAGCAAGGCGCUCGGAGAGAAGAUGGAGACUAAUAAAGCAGCAGCGACUGUCGAAAUCUCGAACGCUGUGAAUGAGCUUCGUCGAGAUCUGGCAAAGGAGGUGCUCACACUCGCUUUUGUUUGAAAAUAAAUACUCGAUAAGUAUCAGUAGGGCCGCGACUGCAGCAUCUCUCUUUUUUACUAGCCUUAUUUCUUAACUUCUCUUUUAUUUGACGGACUCUCUUGGCAUUCACUUCUCAUGUUAUCCUAACCCUUCACUUCAUACAGAUCGCCGACCAGGGGACUAGUAUCAACGGAAAAGUACAAAAGACGACCAGCGUAAUCUCGUCUCAGGUGACACAGCUCGAGUCGAGCUUUGCAAAGGCGUCCGGUAAAAGUAAAACUAUGCUCGAUUCCCUCCUGAUUGAAGACACGAAGUCCGACAACGGCAGGGUGGCGCAAGUGCUUUCUCAAAUCCUACAACAGGGCAAGCUCCGUCCGACACUGGAAAAUAUGGUCGCUGUUAUGAAAAUCAAUUUGACUGCUGCAUCUCUCUCUUCUAGCCUUGUUAGCUUCGUCUCUUCUUGGACGGAUUCAGUUUCUGUUGGCAUUAACUUAAUACAACGCUCUACUAGCCUACUAUAGUUUUCCCGUACCCCUUAGCAAUGUAUUUUACUAUAGUUAGGUCUGCUCCACCAGUCAGAAAUAUACUAUUUAUAGUUUUCCCGUAGAGUUUUAUAUAGUUUAUGGAUCGUGACCAUUCCUUCUCGAUAGGCUUGACAUCACUAGACUUAUGAAAACAAGACUUGUAACCAGUUCCAUAUGAGUAGAUUUGAGAUUUACGAAGAUACAGGAAGAUCCCAACUGCGGAAAAACUAAUACAUAAUAUACUAGUCUUCCACUAGUAUAGCUCUAACACCGCCGAGGUGCAAUCGAUUCGACAAGCCACACCACAGCAAUGGCUCGAGCUACCGCCCGUUUCGCUCGCGGGGAAAACCUUUGCUCACGCCAUGAUGGCCUUCAUAGUGAGCAUUGUCAAGUACCCCAGCGCAGCCACAAAUCUCUGUCUCAAGAUGGAUGACCUCAUUGGCAGUUUGGAGAGAAGUCUUCCAGCACCUGGGGAUUCUUCGCAAGCGCUCCCCAUGGAUGAUAUAAAGGAAAAACGAGUCAAUGCAAUGUAUGCAAUGAAGGCGUCGCGGGAUUUUAUGGGUAUCGUACAGUGGUUGGACCCUCAUAUUUCUAAGCAUGAAGCAGCCCAAGGAUGUUCAUGCUAUAUUAAUGGGGGAUGCAACUACACUAGCUCUAACGCAGUGUUGAUAAGACAACCGAUCGAAGACACAAGUGAGAGCACCGCGGAGGCGCUGCGUGAAACAAUUUCGCAAUUGAUACAGCUUUGGCCUUUGCAUCACGAUGAAAAAGGCGCUCAUGCCAAAAACGAGAGGUCUUCCUUUCUUUGUGUUGUAGUUUUUCUCGUUGUGAGCAGCUUGCUUUAUUGAUUCUCGAGCAAUUUUGUGUCCAUUAUCGUUUCAUCCAAUUAUGGGCCGGAAGUGUGAAGAGCCAACUCAAGCUCAUUACUUCUUUCGCCCUUCCGUGUUUCUCAUUUCUUCUUCUUUCCUGUCUUGGAUCGCUCUUCCGGUCCUGUUUCUAUGCGGUUUUCCUGUACGACCUUCGGCUUAUUUUUUUCUGGUUUUUCGGAUCGCUCUUCCGAUCCUCACUUGUGUUUUCUUUCAAGCCAUUCAGUCGCGGUGCUGACUUUUGGCUUCUUCGUGGGUUUUUUUUUGAUCGGUUUCUGUUCCGAUCCGCAAACUUCCCUCUUGUCUUAGUCCUUUGGCCGCGUUUCCGGCCUCUGUCCAUCCCUUUUGUGUCUUCAGAUCGCCCUUCCGAUCAUCAGCUCUUUCUUUUAUCGUUCUCUUUCUGGUUUGAUCCGCUAGCGGAUCUUCGCGUGAUUGCUGGUUCCUUUUUUAUCGCGUGUUUUCUCGCGCUUCAAGCGCCGCUUUGGGGGUUCUUUUCCCGCCUGUGUGUGCCCUUGUGUCUGCCUUAGACGGUGCGUCGCUUUGCCAAUCUCUCCCCCAUAGCCGGCCUUGAAGCGCUGGCUUCCUUUCUUGGGUCACCUUGUUCUUCGGAGACAACGCGAGGACUUUGACCUACAGCAUCACGAUCAGCUUCGCUACUUUCCCCACCUCGUUCAAAAACACAGGCUGGCCGUCAAGGCAGAUCUGUGCGACGGACCGGACUCGUUUCCAGCGAGAAUCUAUCCUGCCGCCAACGACGCUACUGCGAUGGCGAUGGCCUGCAACGGUUUUUCCCGGAAAUCGCAGGACACAACGAAACAUGGUGAGCCGUGGCCUAUCGUGUUUUUUCAUGAUGGGGAUAAUUGGUUGGAAACGGUCAGGGCCGGGCAGACGGUGCAGCAAACCGUCGAUGAGCAAUUUUCCAAUCUGCCUAAGAGUGAGACGGAAACUCAUAAGGUCAUGGAGGAAUUUCUUCAGAGGACGAAGUCGGCCUUUACCUCAGCUUCUCGAUUUAGCUGCGAGAAAGUGCUAGCGUCGUUGAGGACGGUGCAACAGCAAAGAGGAGAGAAUUUACGUCCAAGGUUACCGUUUGCUUUGAAGGAAUAUGUUUUCAGUUUUUGUACAUGAAAUGAUUCGUACUAAGAAGUCUGAUCCUCAGUUUCACCAUUCUAAUACGUGAAGUAGCGAACGCCGGAACUACAUCGAUUUUGCUCUACGAGUCGAUAAGGCAGGUGAUAACGCACGACGCAUCGACGCAUAGCCAUGAUGAGGCAAAGUGGCCGUCCGUAGAGGAGCUGGUAGGAUCGAGCAAGAAGUUCUGUGAAGAAACGCUGUUUGGUAACGAUGAUUUCAUCUUUAAGCUAUCGUCAGAAGUAAGAGCUAGGCAGCCACCGUCUAUUAGAAAGUUCGCAUGCGAUUUCCUUAUCAAGGAGGUGGUAGAGGAGUAUGCACCACGACUCGUAGGACCAGGAGAUUUGCAGUCUCUGUCUAAUUUGAACGUUUUCCCAUCUGAACGUUUUCCCAUUCUCCCGAGGAUAAUAUGACACAUCAUUUACUGAAGAUAUGACUACGUAUACCAGUGUGCUGAUGAGUUGUCUGAGUCUUUGAGAUUCAGUUGGAGACUUCGAUUAAGUAGAUUGACAAACAGAAAUGAGCAAAAAAGUUUAGCUGUGUAUGUCUCUAGCAUUCACAUUAAAGGCGUCUUAGGGGUCCUUUAGUGUUCACAUUAAAGGCGAAGAGUGUCCGGGGAUUUUUAAUAGUAUUUACAUAGAGUAUUGGAUGUUCCAAGCCGUCCCUUUUCGUUGCUUCGUCUCUGGAGGAGCAGCAUACUCACGGUUAUAGUCGAGACAUAUCUACUUACUACGCAUUCUGUAGCACAACAUAGGAAGAUGAACAUAAUAGACUACUCCUAUCGGGUUUAGUGGUCGCUCCUCUUAAGACAUGAGUUGAAGGCGUUCAAUUGCGAGCCGUAUUAUCGAAGUGCUACUGUUUAUACCAAGACCGGAGGCAUAUGGUAUCCCUGUCUCAGUCUGGGAUGACGUCUCUGGUGCAAUAUCGUGGCCGUGCUUGUUAAGACAUGGAAAUAUAUUCAUACAAAUAACAGGAUCAGGUGGCGAAAUGUAUUCGAAAACUCAAAAUAACCGAGUUACUGACUGAAAUAAGGGAGGUAGCUUAAUAACGCCAAGUGGUUACUCUUCCUUCUCAUGAGUAUCUCGGUUAUUCUGAUCAGUGACUUGCUUAUUUCAGUUUUUCGAAUAUUUAUCUACGUAGAAUGUCGAUGUACAACAUCUAGUAUUAUUGUCUCUUGGAUAUUAAGAUGAUUCAUAGCACCACACAACGUCAUACCUCUACUCAACAAUAACAAUCAUAAUUGUAUCAACAACCUCAUUACUAAACGGGAUUAUCAUCGACUAUGUGACAAGCAGGAUCGUCGUUUUGCCGCGCUUGGACUAUUUUCACAUGUAUAAUUCAUAUGGAGCUGUCUCACCUGUAAACGUCGCGUCUCACCUGUAACCUUCUUCCCAUGUCGUGUCUUUCUGAAGGUUCUUUUUACCAAGAAGAUCGGCCUUGUACCAUUAAUACAUCAUGUAUGAUAUUGAGUUUAUGGGGUUGUGCGUCUAAUUGCACUGACACAUAUUAUUUGCACCUCCACCUCCUCCAGAAUAUCGGGAAGGUUAAGCACACAAUAUGACACUGCCUCUACAAAAAUAGUUAGGUUGACUACUAUUUAUUACCCAUAAUCAUGAUAAUACCCAUUACCUAGAAGAUGUGUGCUAGUGCUCUCAUUUGAGUUAUUUGAUUUUGAGCUAAACGUGCUCAAGUUGUCACAUGAAUCAACAAGAUGUACUGGACCACUCACAUCAUCAGACAUUUUCACCCCCUAAAGUUGAAACACCAAAGGCCCCAAACGAGUUGAAACCCCAAGUACUUUCCAAACAACUUUCGUGGUCAGCCAUCUUCGAU